UCGCUGCCGGGCGGCGGGAGCGAGCGGAGCGUCUCUCUCUCUCUCGGGGCUCUAUCGCGACUCUCUGUGCGGGUGGAGCGGCGUGGCCCGGCGCUAUGGGGGUGACUCACGAAGCGGGGCUCUCCCCUCAGGACCCGUGCGGGGGCAGCCCGGGCGGCUGGAGCCGGAGCGCCCAGGUGCCUCAGGACAACCAGCACCAGGGGGGGCCGGCCGCGCCCAGCGGAACAGAAACUGGGCAUUGCAGAACAGCAGUGAAAACAGAACCAGCUUCCGAGAGCACCUGUGUGCAGAAAACAGAAGACAUGACGGGUUUCAUGGAUGACUUGACCCUCAGCUCUCCAAAGAAGAGAGAGACAUCCGUGAGAUCCAAGAGGAGCUGUGACAGGUCGUCAACAAGGUCCUCCAGCAGAUCCUCGUGCAGCUCACGCUCCAGCUCCAGCAGCUCCUCUUCAGCCUCCUCGCGGAGCUGGAGCCGCUCCAGGUCGAGGUCCCGGGCCAGGAGGAACGGUUCCCGCCGGUACAGGAGAUACUCGCGCUCCUACUCGCGCAGCCGGUCGCGGUCCCGCGGGUACCGGCGGUACCGGGGCAGGUACCACGCCAGGCACUACCGGAGGUACCGCCGCUCCCCGCCGCGCUACCGAUCCCGCGGCAGGUCCUACUACAGAAGGUCCUACUCGAGGAGCAGGUCACGCUCCAGAGGCCGGAGAUAUUAUGGAUUUGGGCGAACCAUAUACCCCGAGGCGUACAGGGGCUGGAGGAGCCGGUCACGGACACGGUCCCGCAGCAGGUCACCUCUCCAUCUCAGCGAGAAAGACAAGAGGGAACUCCUGGAAAUUGCGAAAGCCAAUGCUGCCAAAGCUCUGGGAACAGAUAACAUUGUCUUGCCAGCGAGCUUGAAGAUCCCUGCUCCUGCCAAAGAGAUAAAAAAUGAAAAACAGAAACAGGAAGAACCUGGAGAGUCAGCUGAGCAACCCAGAAGCGCAGCAGAAGACAUGACCAAGAGUGGGAUGGAGAGAGCAACCAUACAGAGGAGCAUUUCCUUCAGUCCUAAUAACACAAUGGCAAAGCCAGCCCUGCAGAAGCCAGUGAGCCAUGUUGUUAAGGAGCCAGUAGUUUCUCCAGCCAGAGAAGAGGACAGGAAGGGAAGUCCCUAUGGGCAGUGGGUUCCUGUCAAGAAGGAGGAGAAGAAAACAUUCUUAAACUUCUCACCCAAAAGCACCCUGUUCCGGGCACGCUGAUGGGAGUCACUGCCUGACUGCAGCACUUCACAUCCUUCAGUAGAGAGAUUGCAAACUUUCUGAUGGGGUUGAAGAUUUGUUAAUACUGAGUAUUUAUUUUGAGAUCUUUUAAUUUUUGGAAUCUAAGGUUUCUCUUUCAGAUAGAGAGCACACUGAUCCCGAAGCCACAGGUGGGAAUCUUGUGUAUAUUUGUAAAUAUUUUGUAUUGCUUUAUCGGACUAGAACUUGCAGGUGGGUAACUUUUUCUAAACAAUAGUUGGGUAGCUGUUCUUUGGACACUUGGAUUUACAUUGUGUAACUGUUUACUUCAAGUGAAUAAAGUUUAGUUUUGCACUGGC